CUGAUGAACACAGCUAUUAAAUAUCAAUUGCAUUUCGAAAUGCAUCAAAUAAAGUGUUGCAACCGUCCAAUAAGAAAAUUUGUCCCGAAUAGAAAAAUAUAUGAUUACAGUAUUUGUGCUCCGUUUUGUAAUAUGUAGAAGCUCAUGGAGGACUUUGGACUAGUCGUCAUAAUUGCCACAUUGAUUUGAUUGUCUUUUACAGUUUAGAGUUACGUGUGUUUAGAGUUACUUGAAAGUCAGAGAAACAUAAAUUUCUAUAACAAUGUUUUCUACUUACUUCAGAGCAUUACGAGCUUCUAACAAAUUUGGCUUAUUGGUACGUAAUGAAUCUACUUUAGUUAUUGCGGAGCACAAUAAUGAAAGUUUGUUACCUAUCACAAGUAAUGUACUGACAGCUGCUAAAAAAAUCGGUGGUGAUGUAACUGUAUUAAUUGCUGGCUCUAAAUGCCAGACAGUAGUACAAAGUGCAUGCAAAGCCCAGGGUGUCUCCAAGGUUCUUCUUGCAGACAGCGAUGUGUUUAAGGGAUUUACUGCAGAAUCACUGACACCACUUGUAAUCACACUAUGUAAUGAACAUAAGUUCACACACAUAUUAGCAGGUGCAAGUGCAUUUGGUAAAGCUUUGCUCCCUAGGAUUGCAGCUAAGUUAGAUGUAUCUCCAGUGAGUGAUAUUAUUGACAUAAAAACAUCAGAUACGUUUGUACGUACUAUAUAUGCUGGCAAUGCCAUUCAGACUGUCAAAUCUAAAGACAAUGUGAAAAUAACAACUGUAAGAGGUACUUCUUUUGCACCAGCUCCUUUAGAAGGAGGUGAUGCAAAGUGUGAAAAUGUGGCUACUGAUAGCUACACUGCAAACCAAGUACAAUAUAUUAAACAAGAGCUUAGCAAAUCCGACAGGCCAGAAUUAACGUCCGCGAAAGUUGUAAUUUCUGGUGGACGUGGAAUGAAGUCUGGAGAGAACUUCAAGUUGUUGUAUUCAUUGGCAGAUAAGCUUAACGCGGCGGUAGGAGCAUCUCGUGCCGCUGUCGAUGCUGGAUACGUACCAAAUGAUUUGCAAGUAGGACAGACUGGCAAAAUAGUUGCUCCUGACUUGUACAUAGCGGUAGGAAUUUCGGGAGCAAUUCAGCAUCUUGCUGGUAUGAAGGAUUCCAAGACUAUUGUGGCCAUCAACAAGGAUCCAGAGGCUCCAAUUUUCCAAGUAGCAGAUUAUGGAUUGGUCGCAGAUCUAUUUAAAGCUGUACCCGAGCUCACGGAGAAAUUGUAAAUUACAUAUCGUCCAGAUAAAUAAAUGUGUAUUUUUAUAUAAUUAAUUUUGUUACGCUAUAUUGUUAGUACGAUAAGAAUAUAUACAAUUAAAAAAUACGUCAUAAAAAAUU